CAUGUGGCAUUUAUGCCUGUUUGGCUUGUGGUUGGUAUUGAUUUUCAAAUACUUCUUGUUUGGUUUGCUUUCUACUUUUGCCUGUCUGCCUCUGUUUCCUUCGUGAGUUUUCGUGUGCUUCUGUUUCUGUUUUGAUUUCUUGAGGUGUCCUGGCUUCCUUUGGAUUUCAUUGAUGGAUAUCUUAAGUAGCUGAUCUUUGGUUUGGGCUGCUGGUUUUAAAAUUUUGUUUUAUUUCAUAUAAUUUUUCUCACUCAUUUUUGUUCUAUUCACUUCUUUCCCUAUUCCCCAAUUCCUGUUUCAGUCGUUUGAAUAGCAUCCAGAACAUUCCUGAGCUGUGACUUCAUUGGAUGCAUCACUACCAACCAUGUCCAGUGAUAUGGAGGAGGAGUCCUCAGAGCCCAGCACCGUGCCCAGCGUCUUUGGUGAAGAGGUGUUCACCAGGCAGUACACCAUCCUGAAGGCCUUAGGCCAGGGUGGCAGUGCAAAGGUCAUGCUGGCCCUGCAUCGUCUCACAGGCGCCACAGUCGCUGUGAAAGCUCUGGUGAAGCAGGAGAAGUGGUGUGAGCCGCCAGUGUCUGAAGUCGACAUCAUGAGGAUGCUCAGACAUCCUAACAUUGUUUCCCUCCUGCAGGUGAUAGAAACAGAAUGGAACAUUUAUUUAAUUAUGGAAGUGGCUGAGGGAGAACAGCUAUUUAAUCGCAUCCGGAAGUCUGGAUGCCUGAAGGAAGAUGAGGCUAGAAGCAUAUUAGUUCAGCUGUUGAGCGCCAUAGGCUAUUGCCAUGAUGAAGGCAUCGCUCAUAGAGACCUAAAGCCUGACAAUAUCAUAGUGGAUGAGCACGGAAAGGUGAAAAUUAUUGACUUUGGCCUAGGUGUCAGAUUCAGGCCUGGGCAAAAGCUGGAAAAGCCAUGUGGCACCUUCCAGUUCAUUCCUCCUGAAGUCUUCCUGGGCUUCCCUUAUGAUGGCCCCAAAGCAGAUGUCUGGACCUUGGGGGUCCUCUUAUAUUAUAUGGUGACAGGGAUUGUCCCAUUUGCAGGGGCCACCUUGUUAGAACUCAGGGAACAAGUUCUGCAUGGGAGGUAUGACAUCCCCUAUCAGCUUUCCAAAGACUUAAGGAGCAUGAUCAGCCUAUUACUAACAGUGAAUUCAAGGCAGAGGCCAACUGUGCGGGACCUCAUGCGUCACCCAUGGCUUCAGAAAGGGGGAAAGACAUUUACAAUUCAUUGCAAUGGAGACACCAGCUGCCCAGACCUUGAAAUUAUGGCAGCCAUGCAAAACAUUGGGUUUGACGCCCAGGAUAUAAGACAAUCUUUAAAACACAGAAAGUUCAAUGAAACCAUGGCUGUAUACCACCUACUGAGGUAUCAGGCAUGCCAGGACCAUGACAGUAAUGUCCACACAAAGGUAAUGAACCCAGGGGCAACACCUUUCCCUUCUGUUGAAGACCCUGACAUGUUUUCCCUGCCCCUCAGGAGAAGGGCCAGUGAACCUUCUCUUCGGACAUUAGUCUCACCCACAGAAAACCCUGAUCAGAGUCAAAGGAAGGAGAUGGAUGACCCUGACCUGCCCGAGAAGACACCCAAUCUGGGCAGAAGUCACAAGCGCUCUAUGACUGCGCCGUGUAUUUACUUACCAAGAAACAUUGUGAUUGAUGUGGAAGACACCAGCUUCUCCAGUAGCUCCCAGUCAGAAAAGGCCUCAAGUGGCCCAGAACAGAGCAGAACCUCAAGCUCCCUGCAGCCCAGGGGCUGGGCAGGAUGGAAGAAGAGGAUUCGGACAUGCAUCCUCAGACUAUUCUGCUGCAUGUCACCCCACAAAAGGUGUCCAAGGAAGGUGUACCCCCCAAAGUGAGGGGACACUGAGAUGACAAGAAGUGUGAGGCAUGGUCCAGGUAGGUUUCUAUAUUUGCAUUUAUCUAUGCUUUUACUCAUGGCCUGUGUAGAGACAAUUAUUUUUAGGUUCUUGGUGUGCAAUGAGUUGGGAGGGUCUAUCUAGAUAAUGUGUGAUGUGGGGUCCCCUAACAUCAAAAACAACUAAAAUUCUUUCUUACUCCAAGAGGGAAGAACCAGGACUCAGUCACAAUCAAAUCAAAACCAAUGUCCCGUGUAAAUCAGAUGCUGUGGCUCAGUAUCCCAAGCCCAUGACUCGGGCUCCUCUGGACUCCACUCCUCCUCUGUGUUCCUGUGAUGUGGUGUCUGCAGCACACACGUCCUGUCUUGUCAGGUCAGCCUGAUUAAAGCCACACCUGUCAGUAUUCCUGGUGGUCAUCCCACAGUCCUGUCUUCUCCACCAUGCUGGGGUCUGCUCUGCAAGGAGGCUACAUCUUCAACAAUGGCAUCUCCCGGCCUCUCGCAGUGCCAAGCCUCAGCUGUUCUCCACAGCCCUUUGACCCUUCAGCUUUCAUGCAUCCAACACCAGGACCACAUGGGAAAUUCUGACACAUUAUCCAUCCUGGCUGCCAGCAUGAGAUGCAGCUCUUCCCAGCCCUGGACCACAGCUUCUAUGUGAUGACCCUGAGGAAAUACUUUUCACGAGAUCUUGGCUCCAUAAUGCCUGUGUCUUCUUAGUCAUCGCUGAUGUCUCAGCCAAAGCUAAGUUGCAUCAAUUGUCCCAACUAAGCAAGGUUUCUCCUUAAUGGUUCUGAUCUCUUGUUAAUCAAAGCAGAAUCUUCAGUCUUGCUGACGAGAAACCAUAGGUUAUUAAUUCAAAAUAUAGACUAAAUGGCUCUGAUAGCAUCUGCUUUCUCUCUCAAACAUUACCAUCCAGGCCUCCAUUCUAUGCAUUUUUCUCAUCCUUCUCUGCCACCCCCCCCCCAAGACAGCCCAUUAAGCUUUGAGAACAGAGGCUCAGUGCAGGGUUCCAAACACUUCCACAAUCCUCCCCAUACCAGCAUGGUCAGCUCUAUCACAGCAAAGACCCCACAAUCAUGGUGCAAUUUUCUGUCUUAGUUUGCUUUCUGUCGCUGUGAUGAAACACUGACCAAAAGUAAUGUUGUCGAGUGCAGGAUUUAUUUGUCUUUUAUGUCCCAAUCACAGUCCGUCAUUACGGAAACCCAAGGUUGGAACACACAUAGAGAAGAAACCUAUGGGCAGGAAUUGAAGCAGAGACUGUGGAAGAAUGUGCUCUCCUGGCUCAAUCCCCAUGAUCAUGUUCUGCUUCCUGCUUUAUACCCCCAGGACAACCCGUCCACAGUGGCUGUGCCCUCUAAAUCCAUCAUUAAUCAACAAAAUGCGCCCCCAGACUUGCCUACAGGCUCUCUGAUGGAGGAGUUUCCUCAACAGAGUUUUCCUCUUUCUAGAUGACCCUAGCUUGUGUCAUCCUAAAAGAGACCUAACUAGCACAGAUCUCCACUGUAGUCUCCUAAACUUCAAAACCAAGCAUAUUUGUUUCAAAGUUUCUUACUGUACUUAGUAAUUGGGUAUGUGCUGGUCCCUCAACUCAUAAACAAGGGGAAAAAUAAGAGCAAAACAAUCCAAGAGUAAAAUUACUGUCUCUGAGAACAACUAGAAGGUCCAUUUCUGUUUUCAAGAGAUUUGACUGUUGUUUGUCCCAUGAUGUAAAAAUGGGAAUGAGAAGCCAGAAUUUUCACCCAGGAAGCUCAUUCAAGUGAAAGCUGAAUUAGAUUCCUUUCAGAAAUUAUGGAAGUCCAGCCUCUUUAGUUUCCUUCCCAGGGGCCCAGGAGAGACGUUACUAACGGUGAGAAUAUUCUGAGGGAAAAGAAUCUAAGUACACAGAGCUCUUUCAUCCAGCCACUUUAUUCCUCUGAGAUUAAAUUCUAUCUACACCGCUUCAAUUCUGUCCCUUCUCUUCCUGUCCUCUCAUAACUCCAACUUUUC